AUGUACUCGUACCGUCGGACCGGAAGUGACAGCGUGGGAAGAGUAGAACGAGAGCCGGCAGUAUACAAGCCGAGCUAUAAAGCUCUCCGAGAAACGACAGCUGCACCAGCAACUACACCAUCUCGAUCGUCUCGUGCCAGUUCAUACGACCCUUUCGCUGCUGGCGCAACCAGAACUCCUAUGGCGUCACCAUUCCGUAAUGCUCCGGACCGAACAACGUCCUCUUCCUAUAGCCGGCCGAGCUACUCGGGAAUGUCCACCUCCUACACCGACUAUUCCGCACCUACUCGAAGUUAUUCAAACAGGUAUGGAAGUACAGAACAACUCAAUUACAAGUCGCCGUACAACAGUGUUUCGACGUCGGGCUACACUAGUGGCACACUUCCCCGAUCGAACGCAAAUUUCCCAAGAGCUGGGAGCGUG